AAGAUGAUGAUGAUACCAGCCUAUGCAGAGGCAUUUAAUCAGCAAUGUCCGUGCCGAUGUAAUGUGAAACAAGGUUCAUUGCGGCAGACUACACAGCAGACCGAUGGGUCGUGCGGCCGGUCGAUAGUAGCCCAAUCAGAUGGCCACACAACACGGAACACUUACUUGGAUAAUAAAAAGAUUUAUAGGGUUUGAGGCGCUGUACGUAUUCGGCAGUACAUGUUCGAGUAUCCCGCCUUGCGGCGUCGCUUUGUUGGCACUCGAGGCUGAUGCUGUAGCCGCAGCACUUAUAGUACUGGUGAUAAUCGAGGUGACUGUGGUGGUGGCCAUUUUGAGACAGCGCGGAACACCAGAUCAAUGGCGCCGCGGUGCGAAUCGUGUAGCCCCCGAAAUGGCUAUAAGAUGCAACUCCUUCGCGUCAAUAGCAAAUCAAAGUCGGUUAAACGCAGAGUUGUGAAAGAUCCUCCCAACAGCAGCGUAGGUGCCGACGGCGUUGAGAUAAGGUCAGCAACGAAGAGAGUUCAUGUCAAGCAACUUGGGACGGACAGGGCGGACCGCGCUGAGCGUUGAGGGCAUGACCAGUUAACCCGCCCUUGGCUUUGCGCCUAUCUUCAACACCGCUUACAGUAUGAGUA